AUGUCUAUGGAAUUAUUGAAUUUAUCUUCUAAAGAAUAUAAUAUAAUACUUGAAUCCGAUUAUCUUCUUGAUGACGAAUCAUUAUUAAAACAGAAUUUUGUUCUCAUUCAAGAUGUUACAACUAAAUUUACUCAAUUUAGCAAAUUGGUCCAAUUCUAUAAGAUUGCUAUUCAACAAGAUCCCUCAUUAAUCUUUAAAGCAGAUGAUUUCGUAACUAUCAAACAAGAAAUUCUCCUUAACCUACUCGUUAAAAACAAUCAUUCUGAAAAGCCCAUUGUAGUUUGGGAUAAAUUAUUAGAAUGGAGUAUAGCGCAAUCUGAUGAAUUACCGUUUGAUACUUCAAAUUGGACGCAUAAUAAUGUAUCAAUAUUUGGAACUAUUAUUCAACCAUUUAUACCAUAUAUAAAGUUUAAGGAAAUUAGUCCCGCAGAUUUCGUUCAGAAAGUAAAACCAUUCAAGAAUGCCUUUGAUCUUGGUUUUUAUGUUCAAAUUCUUGAAUAUUAUUCUUUUGAUGAAAAUGUACAUUCAAAAAUUAAAUUUGAUUCUAAGAUUAUUGAUUCUAGGAUAAUUAAUUCUAAUCAAGCUUUCUUACUUG